CCCCACACCCACCCGCAUCCAGCAGCCCACACACAAUCCCCGCUCUGUGAUUGGCGGAGCACGCUGUCAGUCACGCUGAUUCUGGCUUCUGAUUGGCCUGCGGCUGCUCGUGCUCCCGCCUCAGGUGUCAGGGCUCCGGUCUCCGGCGCUGGAUGCUGCAGAGCGCACAGGGGAGCGGGAGGAGCGGCUGUACGAGCUCACAUCCCCGGCCGCCGGACCCCGCCGCCCCCGGGCACUGCACCAAGCCCUGCCGCACCUGUAUGGACCCAAUCCUGGAGCUAAUUCACAUUGCACGAGGAGUGUAGUGCGGCAAUAACGCCAGGAAUCCAGCGCAUCCGUCUCCAGAGCCGGAUCCACCCUCAGCCUCCACCUUGGUCGCAUUGAUCUUGCAGCAGGUAGUGUCUGACUCUGCAUUGUGCAUUUGGCUCCAUAGACUUGUAUCUGGUGACUCCCCUUCACACCCCCAGGUCACCGCUGCGCCCUCCUGCGAGGAGCCCCCCAUAAUGGGCACAGUCCUAUCCCUAUCACCGGCGCCUGGCAAAGCUGGACCUCUGGAUGACAAAAAGCCGGAGCCCCCGGGUGUUGGAGGGGGAUAUCUAGCCAUUCCCAAUAGCAAGAAUGGGGGCAGCAAACCGGAGAAAAGCCUAAAGAGACAUUCGGUUCUUAUCUCUGCCCUGACAUGGAAGAGGCUGGUGGCGGCGUCGGCCAAGAAGAAGAACGCCAAGAAGAUCAACCCCAACCCUGGACCCAUCAAUGGCCCGCUGCUGCCCAACAACAACCUGGUGGAGCAGCUCAACCACGAGAACCUGCGGAAAUCUCAGGUCAGCCCCGGCCGCCGGGAACCCAAACCGGUGCCCGUUCCCACCGUGCCCAUCGAAGGCCAGAAGAUCCAGCAGCAGCUGGUGGCGGUGCAGAAGCAGGCGAGCGGGCGAUCCCUGUGCUCACCACGUAGAGUCAUCGUCCAGGCGUCCACGGGCGAACUCCUCAGAUGCCUGGGAGAAUUUGUUUGCCGCCGGUGCUAUAAACUGAAGGAGCUGAGCCCAGGAGAACCCACCAUGUGGUUCCGGAACGUCGACCGCUCUUUGCUCCUCCAAGGCUGGCAAGACCAAGGCUUCAUCACCCCGGCCAACCUAGUGUUUGUCUACCUUCUGUGUAGAGAGGCCAUUGGGGACGAACUGUCCACCGAGUACGAGCUCCAAGCCUCCUUCCUCACUUGCCUCUACUUGGCUUAUUCCUACAUGGGCAACGAAAUCUCCUACCCGCUCAAGCCCUUCCUGGUGGAGACCGACAAAGAGGUCUUCUGGCAACGUUGCCUGAGCAUCAUUGACCGUAUGAGUGCCAAAAUGCUACAGAUCAACUCCGACCCCCACUUUUUCACACAGGUCUUCCAGGAUCUGAAGAACGAAGGAGAAACCAGGGAAUCCAACGGCCACUGGACUAUAAAUUUGGACCGCUAGGGGUUAGGAGGUACAGGGGCCGGAGAGGGUUCGGGUCUUUCCUUUUUGGGUGAGGACAAAUCUAGGUAUAACCAACAAAAUGAUCAACUUGAAGACUGGGGGCGUAAGUCCUGGUCACGAGGCCGCCGACAGGAAAUCCGAACAUGGGGGUCACUGAUCGUAGAGGAACAUUGCCUACGUUUGCAAAAGGGUUAGAGGAGACAUUUUCGUUCUGUUUUUUUCCUGGUUGGAAGGCGCUUCAGUGGUUUUCUUUUCUUUUUUUAUUUUUCUAUUUAUUUUAGAUGGCUACUAAGAGUCAAUGGCUUGGGUCUAGAAGGCGACCACCUGCAAAGCGGACGCAGGCUUAGCAGACCCUAUUGCUUCUAUGUAUCAGUGUUUUUUUGUUUGUUUUUUUUUCCUCGCUGCAGGUUUGGCGCAAUGACUUGCACUUGCAGGUGGUUGAUGGGAUUCAUGAAAGGAAGGCAUCUCAUCUUUGAAGCUAUUAUGUUAUACAAUGUAUCCAGCACCCCCAACUUUAAAUAGCAUGAAGGCCCCGUAAAUCACACACAGUGUUCCCCCUCCUGUGGUUCUACAGCUGUUGUAAAACCACAACACCCAUCAUGCCCUACUAAAGGGUGUUGUAGUUUUGCAACAGCUGGGGAAUUGUCAGGGCACGAUGGGAGUUGUAGUUUUGCAAUAGAUUUGGGGGGGGGGGGGGGGUCAGGGCUUGCUGGGAGUUGUCGUUUUGCAACUGCCGAGGAUGCCUAGGUUAGAAAACUCUAAUCUAAAGCAAUAGCCUCCAAGCAGGGCUUGAUGGGAGUUGUUGUUUUGCAAUUGGGGCGGUGUCAGAGCUUGAUAGGAGUUGUAGUCUUGCAGCCGCAGAGGGGGGGGGGGGGGUUGUCAGGGCUUUAUGGGAGUUGUAGCUUUUCAACAGCAGGGGGCUUCGGCAUGAUGGGAGUUGUAGUUUUUGCAAUAGCGUGGAGGUUGUCAGGGCUUGUUAGGAGUUGUAGUUCUGUAAUAGCAGGGUGGUAGUUAGGGUUUGAUGGGAAUUGUCAGCUGAGGAUGCCUAGGUUGGUAAAUUCUGAUCUAAAGCAAUAGCCUAAAACCCAUCACUCUAUAGAAGGCUGUCUGGGCAUGAUGGGAGUUGUAGUUUUGCAACAGCUGAUAAGCCACAGGUUGGGGAACAAUGCUGCAAGAGGAACAACAAUUGCAGGGAUGACUGUACACCCAUCGGGGUGAACCUUUUUUUUUCUUACUAUUUUCCCAUAAACUGGGAUGCAGCUUGUUUUAUAUGACACACGGUGACACCCGCUCCUCCCCCUAUAGGCAGAUAUAUGUGUUUCCUGCCGCAGGAUUUUUAGCCUGAUGAUCAGGGGUUGAACCCCGCACCCUUCCCCCCCCCCCCCCCCCCCCUUUAAAGCUGGACAUUGCAUAUUUCAGACUAUCAAACACCUCAUAGUAUGUAUGAAUGUAACAAAUACAACUAGAACACACACGAAAAAAAAUGCCGCAAUAUGUCCGACAUUGAGCUGUUUAAUGUGCCAACGGUGUUCAAAUGUACAAAAAAAGCGUAUUGUUUUAUAUUGUAUAAAAGAACAUAAAGUGAUUGGAU